GUUGGGAAGAUAUAUCGAGCGUGAAGUGCACAUUCUCUCUCGGGUUGCGUAUCGAUUCCUACAAUCGAAACUGUAUUCGCUGUACAUCACGCGCGUGAAGGUGAUUUUUUUAGCAGAAUCCUCGUACUGCUUUCGGUGUCUUGCAACGUGCAGUAAACCGUUCCCAAAACAGGAACAUUGUGUUUUGAAAGCAAAAUCGCGAAGGCAAAGAAUUAAUUGUUUAUAUUAUUGUUGUGUAUCAGUAGUGGCGUGUUUAGCGUCGUAGCAGCUUUCUGACAGUGCCAGUGUCAGCAGCACCGAUCCAGCCAGCUUACGCGUGUAGUGUGUGCGUGUGUGUGUGUCGACGCUAAGCGUUGUAAAAUCGUUCUUGAACGAUCGUUCGGUUCAUUCGGGUGUAUAUUUUGUCAAACGAAAUUGCACUCCGUACCCAGCCAGCCAACGGCGGUCGUCAGUCGUCUGCAUUGGGCGACUUCCUCAAAGUGACUUCAGCCCCCACCUACUCCUGUUCGUGCGGUGGUGGCAGUAGUGUUGGUGGUGUAGCGAAUAAAGCAGCUCCAGCAAGCGAGCGGAUCGCACCGUAAACCUGGAUACCGAAAUGAUGAAAAUGGACACGGAUAAAAUCAUGGACGACGGGAUCAGCACGUCACAGUACACCACCCAGAUACUGUACGAUCCGGCACGAAAGAAAGAACCGUCACCAACGUUUCAGACCGAGCGCGAUACCUGUCUGUCGUACUUCACCAAAUGGAACCAGGCCAACCAGGUAGACUUUGUCGAACAUCUUCUCUCCCGCAUGUGCCAUUACCAGCACGGACACAUCAACGCCUACCUGAAACCUAUGCUCCAGCGAGACUUCAUCACACUGCUGCCCACAAAAGGAUUAGACCACGUGGCAGAAAACAUUCUCUCCUAUUUGGACGCCAAGUCGCUGUGUCGGGCGGAGCGCGUCUGCAAAGAAUGGUCCCGCGUCAUCUCCGAAGGCAUGCUGUGGAAGAAGCUGAUCGAACGAAACGUCCGCACCGAUUCCCUAUGGCGGGGGUUAGCAGAGCGCAAGGGAUGGAUCAAAUAUCUGUUCAUACCGCGGCCGGGUGUGACGCUACGGCAACACAAAUUCUACCGCGAGCUGUUCCCGAAGAUCAUGAAGGACAUCGAAGCGAUCGAGAACAAUUGGCGCACGGGCAAUCACAAUCUACAGCGAAUAAACUGCCGGUCAGAGAAUUCGAAGGGCGUCUACUGUUUGCAGUACGACGACGACAAGAUUGUGUCCGGCCUGCGGGAUAACACGAUCAAGAUCUGGAGCCGUUCGACGCUCCAGUGUUGCAUGAUCCUAACAGGGCACACCGGGUCGGUGCUCUGCCUACAGUACGACGAUAAGGUCAUCAUUAGUGGGUCCAGCGAUUCGACGGUGCGCGUGUGGGACGUGGUGACGGGCGAAAUGGUCAACACCCUAAUACAUCACUGUGAGGCGGUACUACAUCUGCGCUUCAACAACGGCAUGAUGGUGACCUGUUCAAAGGACCGCUCGAUCGCCGUGUGGGACAUGGUUUCGCCAACCGAGAUUGGGUUGCGGCGCGUACUGGUCGGACAUCGGGCCGCCGUCAAUGUGGUCGACUUUGACGAGAAGUACAUCGUGUCGGCGUCCGGCGACCGUACGAUUAAGGUGUGGAACUCGACGAACUGUGAGUUUUUGCGCACGCUGAACGGCCACAAACGGGGCAUCGCCUGCUUACAGUACCGCGACCGGUUAGUGGUCAGCGGUAGUUCGGAUAAUUCGAUAAGACUAUGGGACAUCGAGUGUGGUACCUGUUUGCGAAUCCUCGAGGGCCACGAAGAGCUCGUUCGUUGCAUUCGGUUCGAUUCGAAGCGCAUCGUUAGCGGGGCGUACGAUGGCAAAAUCAAAGUGUGGGAUCUCCAAGCUGCCUUAGACAUUCGAGCACAAACCAACACGCUGUGCUUGAAAACGUUGGUGGAACAUACCGGACGCGUAUUCCGGUUGCAAUUCGACGAAUUCCAGAUCGUGAGCAGUUCGCACGACGAUACCAUCCUGAUAUGGGAUUUCCUUAACUGUUCGCCGCAGGAGGAAACGACCGCCCCGUCAUCCGGUGGCAGUAUCGGCCCGAGUAACCAUCACAAUAACAGUGGAAGCAGUAGCGGUAGUGGUUCCAUCGGUGGCAUACCAGGAUACGGUGGCGUGAUGGGAUUGGCCGCUGCCGGUGGAGCCGCCAUUGCAGAAGGCGGUGGCGCUGGCAGCAGCAGCAGUGGUGGUGGCGGCGCAGGCGGUGGUGGUAGUGGAGGAGGAGCAGGAGGAGGAGGAGGAGGUGGCAACCUGAACAAGACAAACAACAACGGUGCCGCCAACAACAGCAGCAACAACAACCAUCAGAGCGAUGAUCUGAGCGACUAAUUUGAAAUCUUUACUCCGGAGCUUGCUGAGUGGAUGAUGAUGUGCGCAGAACCUUUAGACCUACACCCUUACACUCAGCCUUCUCAUCAAACAAAGCAAAACAAACAAAACAAAAAAAAAUGCGCCUGCGUGAUCUUUAGGGUUUUGUCCUUUAUCUGUCCAACGUGUACACACACACAUACAUAAUCACACGCAUACAUACAUACAUCGAGACACAGUGUGUGGUACCUUUUUCUCUCUCUCUCUUUCUCUCUCCUGUCUUUGAUGCGCUUUUUAUUCACCGUUGGAUUGUUUUUUUUUUACGGUCAAUCUGGUAUUUAUUGGCAUAAAAGCUAAAGAGUGUGAUAUACAGACACGUCAGGUGUUGUGGCUUUUAGCAGAAUAUUAACGAAAAACCACCCCCCCCCCCCCUCUUAGAAUGGACACUGGCAUAUAACACACAUACGCGCAGCAAUAUCAAACGAAUAAGGUGUAAUUUAUAAGCGAAACGAGUGUUGUUUCGUCCAAUAGGAAAAUAUUAGUAGAGGAAGACGCUAGUGAAAUGUCUGCUGAAAGCGAUGUGAAUGUGUGUGUGUGAGAGAAGUAAUCUGGACAAAACGAUGAGCAGACAGUAGCAGCACUAGUUCGAUGGAAUGUAUUUGUGUUUAUUUAUCUCUUUCUCUACUUUUCCUUAUUCGUUUUGUUUUCUUUGUACAUUAAAUCUGUUAAUUUCAGGUAAUUUAUCUAAAAAAAUAUACUCCCGUUUUUAAGAUGAACCGAAGGCAGCACCCCUACUAAGAGUGUUCCAAAUAAGCUUGACAGUUAAAUGAUAGGCAGCAUCAACUAAAAUCGUUGUCAUGGUAACACGACGAGCGGGGCGCUUCGCAGAUUGCUGCCAAUGGGCCAUCGAAAAUGAAAGGAUCAAAAAUGGUGAAUGCGAUAGAACACGGAGAGCGAGAAAGGGGAAGGAACGAGUAGGCACGGUGUCGAAAUCUCCUAAACCACACAAACACCCGCAAACGUAACCCGCACCCGGUCUCCAUGCAAAGGGCCGAAUACAGAGCAAGAACAGAACUGAUUCUUAUAUAGCCCUAAUAAUAAAAAAACGAAAAUGGCAAAACCUUGUAGCAGUAAAGUUUGAAUAAAACAGAAGAAACGAUCUAUUGAUGAUAAUAUGAACAUAAUGGCAACAACAACAACCAUCACCAUUUUAGUGUUGGGUGAAGUAGCUCUUUUUGCUCACUGCUCACUAACACGUGAGAGGUGAGGCCUCCCGGUAGCACUCACUGAGGGCGAAGAAGCCGAAGAGCACACUCAGAGCCCUCAUUUUAUUGAGACGAGGCGUCCCGGUAGCUCUCGAGCGCACUACCCAACACCAAUCACCAUUGUAACUCCGAAACUACUAAAACGAAGCAGAGAUGAGUGUAAAAUAUGAAAAGCAUGCAACAAAAGUGAGGUUAAAGCAUUAAAAUGUGAGUGUUUUGUUUUUCUUUUGUAUUAAACUAUUUUUUUGUUGUUGUAUUGAAGAGUUGAAGAGCCCCGUCGACUUGCUGUGCACCAGGCUGCUGUUGUGCGAUUUUGGGAUGGAUGAGUGCGCGCGUGUGUGUGUGUGUAUAGGGAACAGAAAACGCGUAAAUCAAUAACCGAAAGUGUGUUCAUAAGUAGAGAGCGUGAUCGUGCUUUGGAAAAGUAAACCAAAAAGCCGGCACAAGGAUCACUAACACUACGCUAUAUGUGCGGUGGAAAAGGAAGAGCUCGUUUUGCUUAAGGAUGCGGAGCUGUGUGUGUGUGUGUGUGUGUUUUCCGUUUCCAUUUUCUAUUUUGGCGUGUGAUUAAGCUGAACAAAAGAUAGGCACACCCACACAUACACGGAGCUGACCUGAGUUGAUAGUGAAUAUAGAAUAGUGGAAUGUUUGGUGUGUCAUCGUGUAAGUAUUUGUCAGCUCAGUGAAAACAUUAGUGUGUUCACUGGUUCAAAGCAACACACAAGCAAAGGCAGGCUGUGCGACAUUGAGAAGGCGCGCCGAAACACGGGGAUGUACAUUGGGAUUGUCAUGGAAACGACGCUGUGCCGUCUGUUGUUAACAAGUGUGUGAGUGUGAGUGAGGUAAAGCUGGAAAGGAUAACAUUCGACGAUCGAGCAGAAGAGCGAUUGUUACUGUAAUUGUCGUUUCCCAACUUUCGUUAGCAACAAUUUAUUACAAUACUAUUAUGAUCAAUAUUGCCGUUUUAUCAGUACAGACCGCAAGCUACUUAAGCUUUUUAUUUGUUUAAGUGAAUUUGAAGCAAGUUCGUUCGUUUGUGCACUGAACUCUGGGGGGGAAGCUCUGCUUCUAUCAAAAUAAAGCCAAUUCCCUGAACACAACAGCAAAGUGACCGAGAGAGAGAGAGAGAUAGAGAGAGAGAGAGAGAGAGAGAGAGAGAGAGAGAAUUCACGCUUCACAGAAAAAAGAACAAAAAAACAACAUAUAUUUAUUACAACAUAACUGGCUAAUAAAUUGAGAACGAUGGGGCGAGCAAAUGAGCUGGGAAAAAAGGCUCAUAGAAGGAAAGGUAAAGCAAAACACAAAAAGAGAGAGACAAACUAAGCAUAUUAUUAUGGUAAAGCUAAUCGAAUUGUGCAUUCUUCUUAUCCGGUUUAACAAAAAAAAAGCAAGCAAGCUGAAGUGAAAGCGAAACAGAUAGAGAGAGAGAGAGAGCGAGCGACUACUUUUGGGGCUCGAUCAAAGCAAGCCACCAAACAACGGUGUUUAUGUGAUGAAACAAAAAUAUGUAAUAUGUUUUAGCAAAAGAGCAAAGCAAAGUUACUAAAUUUAAAAUCUAAACACACACACACACACACACACACACACACACACGCAAAACAACACACAAGAGUUAAAGAAAAAUCGGCUCUCUGAUGGUGAGAUAGUAAGGUAAAAGGAUAUAAGCAGUAGAGAAGUGAAUGAAAACAGUGAACAAAGGAAGUAACAAGCAGUUACUGUCGAUCGACAGAAGCAAGAGACAAACAAAAACAAAAAAAGGGCGUACCCACACCCACCCUCUCUCUCUCUCUGAACACAUUAUGCCUGUGUGCACCGUUGCUGUACCGGAAGCAGAACGAAGCGGCAGGUGCGUGAUAGUACCGAAAGGAAUACGCAGAUUGGGGGUUAAGCUAAUGUUGCGGAACGAAGUGAGGUGGGUAAUAAACGAUAGAAUGAUA